AGGAAUUCCUCAAAUUGAAACUAAUUGCAGAGUUUCUGGUUGACCAGCAUUCAUAGGAAUGAAGACAAACUCAGAGAUGGUGUGUCUAAGAAACUUCAAAAGGUGUAGACCCCCUGAUUGAAGCAUAGCUGAUUUAUUUGAUUCAUUUUUUUCCAUUUUAUUUCUGUACUCGUGCAAAGGAGAGUCAUGAUUACACUAACAGAGCUAAAAUGUUUAGCAGACGCCCAGUCAUCUUAUCACAUCUUAAAGCCAUGGUGGGACGUCUUCUGGUAUUACAUCACCCUCAUCAUGCUGUUGGUGGCUGUGCUGGCCGGAGCUCUCCAGCUCACUCAGAGCAGGGUCCUGUGCUGUCUCCCAUGCAAAGUGGAAUUUGACAAUCACUGCGCUGUGCCUUGGGACCUCCUGAAAGCCAGCGUGAACACAUCCUCUAAUUCUGGGACACUGCUUCCGCUCCCCCUCCGAAUCCAGAAUGAUCUCCACCGACAACAGUACUCCUACAUCGAUGCAGUCUGUUACGAGAAACAGCUCCAUUGGUUUGCGAAGUUUUUCCCCUACCUGGUGCUCUUGCACACACUUAUCUUUGCAGCCUGCAGCAACUUUUGGCUUCACUACCCCAGCACCAGUUCCAGGCUGGAGCAUUUUGUGGCCAUCCUUCACAAGUGCUUCGAUUCUCCAUGGACCACCCGCGCCCUGUCAGAAACAGUGGCUGAACAGUCAGUGAGGCCCCUGAAAGUCUCCAAGUCCAAGACUUUGCUUUCAUCCUCAGGGUGUUCAGCUGAGGUUGACUCCAGCAAGCAGUCCCUGCCUUACCCACAGUCAGGGUUGGAGUCAGCCAGCAUAGAAAGCCCAACUUCCAGUGUCCUGGACAAGAAGGAAGGUGAACAGGCAAAAGCCAUCUUUGAGAAAGUGAAAAGGUUCCGUCUGCACGUGGAGCAGAAGGACAUCAUUUACCGGGUGUAUCUGAAGCAGAUAAUAGUCAAAGUCAUUUUGUUUGUCCUUAUCAUAACUUAUGUUCCAUAUUUUUUAACCUACAUUACUCUUGAAAUUGACUGUUCAAUCGACGUGCAGGCUUUUACAGGAUAUAAGCGCUACCAGUGUGUCUACUCCUUGGCAGAAAUAUUUAAAGUCCUGGCUUCAUUUUAUGUUAUUUUGGUAAUACUAUACGGUCUCACCUCCUCCUAUAGCUUAUGGUGGAUGCUGAGGAGUUCCCUGAAGCAAUAUUCCUUUGAGGCGUUAAGAGAAAAAAGCAACUACAGUGAUAUCCCGGACGUCAAGAAUGACUUUGCCUUCAUCCUCCAUCUGGCUGACCAGUAUGAUCCACUUUAUUCCAAACGCUUCUCCAUAUUCCUGUCAGAGGUCAGUGAGAACAAACUGAAGCAGAUCAACCUUAACAACGAAUGGACGGUUGAGAAACUGAAAAGUAAACUUGUGAAAAACUCCCAGGACAAGAUAGAGCUGCAUCUCUUUAUGCUCAGUGGUCUUCCAGACAACGUGUUCGAGUUAACAGAAAUGGAAGUGCUCAGCCUAGAGCUUAUCCCUGAGGUCAAACUGCCCUCUGCAGUCUCGCAGUUGGUCAACCUCAAGGAGCUUCAUAUAUACCAUUCAUCUCUGGUGGUAGACCAUCCUGCACUGGCCUUUUUAGAGGAGAAUUUAAAAAUCCUCCGCCUGAAAUUUACUGAAAUGGGGAAAAUCCCACGCUGGGUAUUUCACCUGAAGAAUCUCAAGGAACUUUACCUGUCAGGCUGUGUUCUCCCAGAGCAGUUGAGUACCAUGCAGCUGGAGGGCUUUCAGGACCUAAAAAAUCUGAGGACCCUCUACUUGAAGAGUAGCCUGUCUCGGAUCCCCCAGGUGGUCACAGACCUCCUGCCUUCGCUGCAGAAGCUGUCCCUUGACAAUGAAGGAAGCAAACUGGUUGUGCUGAACAACUUGAAAAAGAUGGUCAAUUUGAAAAGCCUAGAACUGAUCAGCUGUGACCUGGAACGCAUUCCACACUCCAUUUUUAGCCUGAACAAUUUGCAUGAGUUGGACCUAAAGGAAAAUAACCUUAAAACUGUGGAAGAGAUCAUUAGCUUUCAGCAUCUUCAGAAUCUUUCCUGCUUAAAACUGUGGCACAAUAACAUUGCUUAUAUUCCUGCCCAGAUCGGAGCAUUAUCUAACCUAGAGCAGCUCUCUUUGGAUCAUAAUAAUAUUGAGAAUCUGCCCUUGCAGCUUUUUCUAUGCACCAAACUAUAUUAUUUGGAUCUAAGCUAUAACCACCUGACCUUCAUUCCAGAAGAAAUCCAGUAUCUGAGUAAUUUGCAGUACUUUGCUGUGACCAACAACAAUAUCGAGACACUGCCAGAUGGACUGUUUCAGUGUAAGAAGCUACAGUGUUUAUUCUUGGGGAGAAAUAGCCUGACGGAUUUGUCCCCUCAUGUGGGUGAGCUGUCGAACCUCACUCAUCUGGAGCUCAUUGGUAAUUACCUGGAAAUGCUGCCUCCAGAGCUGGAAGGGUGUCAGGCCCUGAAACGGAGCUGUCUGAUCGUCGAGGAUAGUUUGCUCAAUACUCUUCCUCUCCCUGUGACAGAACGUUUGCAGACUUGCUUAGAUAAAUGUUGAUCAGAGACCUGUGCUGCAAAGGCAUUUUUAAACGUAUGCCCCAGGGCUUUAAAAGAGAAAUAAACUUUCCUAAGUUAUAAAGAUGAAACAUGGGUGAUAAUUGUGAUGCAUCCUAACGAAAUAUCUUAUUAAAGCCACUCAAUAUCUUGCCCUAAGUUAAACAGGUAAAAAGUAUAAACACUGAACUGGAACUUUGUGAAUAAUUGAUCUUUAACUUAUUAAGAUGUAAGAAGUACCCAUUGAGGAUGGGUUGAGGAGUGUGAAAUUACUGAAUCUUUACUUAGCAAUUUUUCCCUUUAGGAUAGUAUAGGUUUCUUUCCUCCUCCUCCUCCCAUCUCCAUUUCUUUAUUUGCACACCUGUUUUAACUGACUUCCUGUUUUGAUAUUUAUCACCACAACUAUAAAAACUCAUCAAUAUAAAUUUCCCUGAUGUAAAUGCACCACUGUCUUUGAUUUGUGUUCCUACUGUUUUUGUUUUUUUUUUUUUUAGGCAGGGUAUAUUAUGCUUGGCAGAAUUCCUUUUUGGCUUAAUUGUUACUUCCUUUCCCAGCUUGCUUAAGUCUUCCUUAGUCUGGUUUCUUUCAUCAACCAUGAGGAUCCCUGAGAAAACGCCCAUCUUUGGCCUUUGCCUAGAACAGGGAGCCAGGGUACAUAGGACAUGUUACCCUCAGGGCAUCCUGAAAAUUAAUGAAUUCUUGAAAAUUUCUUCUUAUCUAUCAUCAAAGCCUUUUUUUAUUUGUUAAAAUUUUUUAUAUAAAAUAUAUAAAUAUUUUCUAUUGUAUGGUCUCGGGUUCCAUAUCUGUGAGAAUAAUUUUUGUAAGGUACAGAGAACAUAGCAUUUCUUUAAGAACUAAUGAUACUUGGUUUGGGCUGUUUAUGAUUCUCAAGUUUUUGUGCACGCUGCUCCAAAAUGUUUUUGUACUCUGCAACUAAUUACUCUUGGAUAACAAAAGCCUUGUGUUUUGUGCCCUAAAAUAUUCGGGGGGUUUCCUUGUGAGAGGAUGGCCACAUCAACUACCUCUCUCUUCCCUAGUCUCUGUGUAAUUGUACGGGUACAAUUCUUAGUUAUUUACAAAAACUGUGAUAGAGGGGAGAGGGACAGAUUUGGAUUUUAAAAUUGAUUUCAAAAUACUUUGUUAGUGAUUUAGUAAAUGUUAAAGCAAAAUGUUUUUUUUUUCCUCCAUCUGCAUGAUCUCGAGAUAUGAUUAUAAAAUAAAACAUUCAGCAUCUAUUCAGUGUCUAAGAUGAGCUCUCCGAGCUCACAAAGAUCCAUUUAACUGAAAUUCAUCUCAUGUCUUUAACUCUUCUGGAAUACAUUUUGCUCCUUUUUAUAAAGAGCUUUGUGUUUGGCCUUAUAUUAUUGUGCAUCAUGUUAAAUGAAUAAAAUCAACUGACUCACUUUUGGGAAAUGUACAUUUUUAAUAUGUUUUUCUCCAGUGGGUCUAAGCAUUAUGAUGCCACCUCAUUUUGGAUACAACUCUGAAGUAAUCUGUUAACUGCAUCUAGAAAAAAACUGGAAGACAUGAUGGGUAAAGGGUACUGUAAACAUGAAAUUGUGUGCAGUAUAUGUUUUCCUUGCAUUGUUCCAGAAAGAUGAAAAUGAGUCUUUAAAAUAUUAAAGUACAGUAAAUACAGUUUCUCUCAUCUGCCGCACAUGCCUGGACUGAAUGAAGUUCAGAGAAAAGAAUUAUUCACAUUAAAUGAAAUUUUAGCUGUAAAGAAUCCUGAGCACCAAAAGCUGCCUCAUACAUUAUUGCUUAUUCUGAAUGGGAAGGAACAGUGUAAAAAUAUACUUCUUACCAAAACUUGCCUUUAACCAGAACACUGAAGUUCUCAGGGAACCAGGCAUAAUGAUCAAACUUUCUUCUAGGACUUCACAGAUUCUGACUAUAUGCAAGGUUUUGUUAUUUUUAUUUCUUAAAAUGUGAGUUGAUGGUUAUUUUAGUGCUUACCAAUAGAAUUGUCAUAUGUACUGAUUUGGGCCACACAAUUAGCCAUAAUUUGUAUUUUAAAAAAUCUUAUCCUCUUUUACAGGAAGUAUUUUCAAAAUAAAAUUCAGAUUUGCUACCAUUCACUUGACAAACUAGAACUCCUGCAUGAUUAGUCAUUGAUUCCAUUCAAGUGCAAAAGCCAUUGGUUAAAUCUUCCUCCUCAUUUACAUAAAUUCAAGCAAAUUGCUCCCAGGACCAAUAAUGAAUACAUAAGCUACUUUCCACAUACUAGGGUAUAGUUACUGGUGCAAACUGUUGCUCUUGAUGCCAUAACUUUCAAAUGUCUUUUUAUUUAAAUCUUAUACAUCAAUGUUUAAGUAGCUUUUUGAAACAACACAGUACUGACACAGUAAACAAUGACACCACUGCUUGACCUAUGAAAUAAUACGGUGUUGAUACCACCUUUACUACAUUGUUGGAGCAGAUCUUUAUUUUGCAAGCAUAGAUAUUCACUUAAGAGAAUUUUUAAAUGAAGUUUGCUAGAUUAUAAUUACGAGGCUUUAGUUGGGUUUGAUUUCCAAGAGUGUAUUUUCCAAAAUCUAAGUAUAGAGAAUUAAGUUUAAAACGUUUAUGACUUGUACUAAAAAUAGCAUUGGUUCAUUUUAUUUGCAUGCACACACAGACACAGAGACACACAUAUUCCGUGAGUGCAAAUUGUAAUUUAUUGGUUUUGGAUAUAUUUAAUAUUUUUUCCAAAAUUGCAAGAGAUUGUAGAUUAAUUGAAGGAUAGCAAUUUUUUUAAAAUUCAUAACUUAAGUGUUCUAUUAGUUUAUGACAUUUAAAAGAAAACCAUUAAGUGUUUUUUGAUCAUUCCUGCAAAGAUUUAGUGUUCUUUCCCCUAACCUAUAUCAGGGUAUAUCUGUGUGUCACAUAGGUACUAUAUUUUUAUUUUUUACUCUCAGUCUUGACAUUUCCCCCUUGAGUGUCAUCAUAUUUUACUAUCACUUAUUAUUUAUGUUAAAACAGGGUAAAUGAGAUCCUCAGGAUCUCAGUGCUGUGAAAGAGUCCCAAUAGGUGUGCUGCAUUGGUUUAUUUGCAUAAUAUUGUUUGAUGGAGAAAUUUUUGAUUCUGUUCUUUAAGUGUUUCAUGAUUCAAAUACUACAUUUAAUUAAAAUACUGCAUAAUAUUGAUGGGUUCAUUAAAAUAAUCGAA